ACAACCAGCUGACAUCCGGCGUCUUCCCGUCCAUUAGCCACCGAUAUACCUCAGUCAACGAUAUCCAUUUACACUCGAUAUUUUCCCCACGAAAAGCGUUCCCCGCUGAUUCGGCAACUCAACUGAAUGCAACAUUUCAUCACAGUCAUCAGAUGCAGGGCUCUGGCCCCGUCUCCAGCAGCUGAAGCACACCAGCCCUGUCCUCUCUGAUCCUCGUCCACAGCCUUCAUCCGCACCGAGCCAUGACCACCCAGAGGGAUCUUGAUAUGGUGCACCUCCGCCUAAUCCUGGUCAGCGGGAAAACGCAAGACUUCACUUUCUCCCCAAAUGACUCGGCCACAGACAUCGCCAAGCAUGUGUUUGACAACUGGCCCGCAGGAUGGGAGGAGGAGACGGUGAGCAGCCCCAGCAUCCUGCGCCUCAUCUUCCAGGGACGCUUCCUUCAUGGCAACGUAACCCUGGGAGCUCUGAAGCUGCCACCAGGCCGAACCACCGUCAUGCACCUGGUCGCCAGAGAGACUCUCCCAGAGCCCAACUCUCAUGGUCAAAGGAACAGAGAAAAAACCACAGAGAGCAACUGCUGCCUCCUCUUGUAAAGUAACUGAAACAAACAUUUUCCACACACAUAUAUAACACACACACAUGAGACACAUUUAUUAACAUGCACACACCCUGUUCUCUCCUGCCUGUCAUCUGGAUUUGGAUCACAGGAAGUCCGGUUGGGGCUCUCAUCCGCUUUUGGUUGAACGCUUGUCCAAUCUGAGGCUUUCAUUUGUGCCAAUAUAUUCCCUUCUCCCCCAAAAACUUUUACUGUGUCGGCAGAAUUUGCUGUUAGUAUUCCUUUUAAUUUGAAGAUCAUGACAUUAAACAAUACCCCGCUCCCUCGCGGACCGCAAAAGUUUUAAAGAGCCGUCACACGUGGUGGAAAUGGACACAGAGUUGCUGUAAAUAGAUUUUUGGGCUAUUACUCUUCCCUACUAGUCACAUGGAUGUUUCCCUACUGAAUGCUGUUAACCCUGUCAUUGCACUUAACCAGUUUGUUGAUUCAGAAAAUGUUUAUCGUGUUUCAUCGCCAUCAUUUCCCCCCCUCAAUGGCUUGUUUUAUUUAGUCAGAGGAACAGACCCUAACUCCCCACGUGGUAAAAAAUGUGCCAUCACCGUCCUCGUCAUGUUCCUCACUAACUGAGUCUGGCGGUCUGUAUCAGCACCAGUGGCGUUUGUGCCAUUACCUUACACCUGUUUAUCCUGGGAAUAAUGGACCAAUGGAGACAGGACUUUAUAAGGAAGAGGAACCACCUGAGGGGGCAUUCAGGAUCAAACGGGAACAGACUGGAGGCGUAAAAAAGAUAGUCGGCGCGUAGCUCGUGUGCCGCCGGGUGUUCACACCUGAGGCUUUGACUUUAAGGACUAGGCCGUCGAUGUUUCCUCGCAGCGGGGGCGAUGCGGCGGGCCAGUGAAUCGCAGACAGAAGAAGCAGUUGAAGAUGUGAGGGAGGAGUGUCGUUGGUGUGUCCCCCCUCUACUGGACACUGAGAGCGAGGCAGGGGGGAGCUUCUCCCACCUGGAGGAAGAGUUAAAGGAAACAUUGUUGGUGGUGUUUCACCUCCUUUUCAUUUGGAUGCUGUCUUUGCUUCAUGUUUGCCUUUUAUCGUGGAAAUCAGUAAUAUCAUUAAUAUUGAAAUUUAAAUAUAUCAAUUUUUAUCUUGUGUAUAGGUAUUUGUUAAAUUUUAGUGUGGGUGAGUCUGUAUGUGAGUGUGUCUGAGGGUGUGUGAUGCACGUGGCAUACUGUAUGAUGGCUAGUGAGGGCAUGUGCUCUUAAAAAAAUUAAGGUGGUGCACUGGGAGUGUUCAUGGGCUGCGGUUUCUUCGGAAACCUUUUGAUUCCUUCCAUUGAGUGUCCUUUGGUUUGUGUUUGUCAAUGUCACUGCUAUGAAGUUUAGCUCAGUAUGAAUACAUGUAAAAACAAAAAAUGCAAUGUGGUCUACAUAAAAGCUUGUAUUAUAAAUUAAUAAAUCUUUAAAUAAGGCAA